AUGGCCAACCAGGGAGAGCUGCUGCCUAAUCACGCCGACGUCCAAGCACAAGCAGGCCACCGCGACCACCGGCACUACAACCUCCUCAACGCCGCACGCGCGCUGAUGCUGCUAGGAGCAGCCGCCGCCGUCUCAACCUCAACCGACGCUGACGCCGCGUGGGUCUUCCUCGGUCUCGUCACCUGGCUGCUGGGCGUGUGCCUCCUUUCUUUGGUGCCAGUGGCAGGUCGGUUCCCACAAGCUGAUCGUUUGGCCGGCGCUGCCAUUGCCAAUGCCGGCGCCGUUGUCAGGCGCUUCUUUAUCCCAUGGAACUAA